CACACAGAGAGACAGCAGCCAAAUGCUUUAUAAAACAGAAAACAACUUACAACUUUUUAGCUGGGUCCCUGCAAGGAGAUGACCAAUCUGACCUGACCCUGCCUUUUUCCUUGGGGAUUUUGGUAUAUUUUGGAGGGUCUCCCCCUCCCCGCCCCCAAAUUCUCUGGAGUGCAGUGCUGACAUCAAGAUGUCCAUUAUGGACACAUCUAUUUAUACUUUUUGUUUUUUAAUGUCAGAACAGUGAUGUGAAUACAAUACAAUUCCAGGAAUCCGUCACUUCCUGGAACAGAUUAAAAGGGACAAACAAAAGAUUACUUAGUUGUGUUUUUUCCCAGAGCUUCAUUACUCCUGGAGCCAGCGUCCAAGUAGGUUGCCGUUCUCCCAGCUCUACAUUCAGGGAGAGAUUAUUUAUUGAUACCUAUUUAUUGUUAUUUCGGAGGUGCUUUAAAUCCUGACUUGAAAGGUCGUUCUGAAGGAGAUUUCAUUCCUUCUUUUAAAAUCCUUUUUCCUUUUCUCUGGUCAUUUUUAUUUUAUUUUAUUUUUUUAAUCAGAGCAAGAAUAUAUUUUCUUAUCUUCAAAAGCACCAAGACUGCGCACAUUUUCCUAGCUAAAGUUGCUGAAAAAUCUGUAAAGUCUUUCUCUGGGCAGCCUGAUUUGCUUUCUGCUUGGCUUCUCCCGGUGUGUGAACUCCAGAGUGCCGUGGAAGAGGUUUGUUGGGAGCAGUCCAGUCUUUUUCUUCCUGUGAAUUCCUAACUAAAGAUUUGUCCUAACUCCUCUGGGGAACAAAGAAGGCGGCAAGAAAAGGGGGAAGACCAUUUUCCCAUCCCAUUGAAGACUUAAUGCGUUUUUCUUGGUCCUGGAGUGACAUGAUCAUCUGUGUUCAGGGACCCCAUCCUUUGCUGGCAGAGGAGAAGUUCAGGAGACAGUCGCUCAGAGGCAUUGCAGUGGAUUUGUCCGAGCAGAUCAUGCAACCUCGCUCCGUUACGGUCUUCCAGGGAGAAUCUGCUCCUGCCUUCAUGGCACCUGCUCCUGAGAAUAACCUGCCUCGGAUGCGAGAUCCUGAAGAAGACCUGCUAUGCAUUGCAAAAACCUUCUCCUAUCUGCGAGAAUCCGGCUGGUAUUGGGGGUCUAUCACAGCUAGUGAGGCCAAGCAGCAUCUUCAGAAGAUGCCUGAGGGUACCUUCCUGGUACGUGACAGUACCCACCCCAGCUACCUGUUCACACUCUCCGUCAAGACCAACCGGGGUCCCACCAAUGUGCGCAUUGAAUAUGCCGACAGCAAGUUCCGGCUCGACUCAAACUGCCUGUCCAAACCCCGCAUCCUGGCCUUCCCAGAUGUGGUCAGCCUUAUCCAGCACUAUGUCAUGUCCUGCACAGUGGAGAACAAGAAUGAGGCCCCUUACACACCGCCCUCGCCCCUGUCCUCCAUGCAAAAGGAGAUGGUGGCUGCAGCAGUGCACUUGAAGCUGAUACGGCCACUCAGCCGCAAGGACAGCGUCCCCAGCCUACAGCACCUGUGCCGGCUACAGAUCAACAAGUCAACAGAGGAGGUGGACCAGCUGCCCCUGCCCAGGAGGAUGGGGGACUAUUUGAAGCAAUAUCCCUUCCAGCUCUGAGGUGCAGCCAACUGGCUUCAGACCAACAGACUAGAAUCUUGAUGUCUUUUUGUCUCGCUGAAGCAUGGCAUCAAGGGGGUACAGUAAAGACAUGGUCAUCAGCAGUGAUUGCAUCCACUUUUCCUCUCCCCUCCCCCAAUUCCAUGUCUACACCAGGGAGGGGCUGGUUGUACCUGUGAACUGUGGGACACAAUCCGACUUCCGAGCCGCAGAGGCUUGAAGGAAAUGCUCUUGACACGUGCACACUACUUGAAUUUUAGAGCUGCCGUGACGUUAGGAGUAUUACCAGUGUUUUCAUCACUAUUUAUUUCCUUGGUAGCCUCUCUCCUGAUAUUUUAAAGCACCUUUUAGUCCA